GUUUCGCAUCUUUAAGGGGCAUUACUUCUAAAUUUAUUUAUAAAUUUAAAGAAUUCUAGAUUAACUUAUUAAAAUAGUCAUAGUCUGUCUUCAAAAUGUCUUAUCAAUUAUAUAGAAACACAACACUUGGGAACACAUUGCAAGAAAGCUUAGAUGAAUUAAUUUCAUAUGGUCAAAUCACUCCACAGCUUGCAUUAAAAGUACUUCUUCAGUUUGAUAAAUCUAUCAACUCCGCUUUAUCAACGAAAGUUAAAUCACGCAUAACAUUCAAAGCAUCGAAAUUGAACACGUACAGAUUUUGUGAUAAUGUAUGGACAUUGAUGCUCAAUGAUGUCGAAUUCCGUGAAAUCCACGAGUUUGCCAAAGUCGAUAAAAUAAAAAUCGUUGCUUGUGAUGGGAAAAGUGAGAUCUGAUUUUCUCAACAUUAGGCUUCUCCCAAUUCAUUCAUCUGGCGAUCCAGGUUCAAAAAAUAAAUCUAUUGAGAAUAUUAUUCCUAAGUUAUGUUUAGCCGUUAUGGCACGACAAUCCAUUGACAAGAUAAUCCACUAAUGUCAUCAUAUUUGAAUCACCUCUCAUAGCAACGAAGUAAAAUGUUCAUCUUUAAAUAUAAUAAAUCAAUUCCUGGAACAAAAUUUUGAUCUUUCAAUAAUGAAAAAACCUAAUCAUAUUAAAAUGCGAGCAUGUUUUCACCAAUAAAUAUACUUUAUUUGAAAAAUGAAAAUUUUUCUUUUGAUUAUAUUAUAGUUUCCUACACGUUUCUCUCAUCAUUUGUGAGACUUAACUAUUAACAUUCCAAUGAGAUAUUGUUUUAUAUUUCAGUGCCAAAGUGCUGAGGCUUUGAGGCUUUAAAAAAAAAUUGAUUGAAUUGUGUUUCUUACAGAAAGAAUUAAAAAAAAUAUUUGAGCACCAUCAUCGUUGGCAUGAGUUCUCUGAGGAAACUUCUAAAGCUUUUUAAUUUUUUAUUCAUCACUACUGUUACCAAUAUUUAAAAGAUUCUGUCUAUAUGUUAAUUAUUCUUUCAAAGUCUUUUCAUUUUUUGAUGCAGAUUUUACAAAUUUCUCAAAAAUUUUUCAUGUUCUUUUAAAAAUCAAAACCGUAAUAUUUUCUUAUAAACUUCAACAACAACGACCUUCAACUAUAUUUCUAGAUUAAUCCAAAAAGAUUUUGAUAGACAACACGAGCUUUCUAUUUGAAGCAACAAACACUUAUUUAGAUAUUAAAUGCUUUUCUCAAAAUCAAUCUCCUGUCGUAUUUUCAGAUAAACACCAAACUUUGCGCUCAUUUGCGCUCGAUUACUGAAUCAAUAAAUGCUUGAUUUUUUUUUUCUCAAAUACUGUUCACCGUACUGUUUGAAAAGCGAAAUCAUUGUGAGCAAAAAUUCAUGAUCAAAUUUAUUUUCCGUUGUGCAGGUUUUGCGAAAACUUUUUCACAUUUUACCUUAUUUAUGAUUCUCACAGAUUAUUUCCAAAAAGUUUUUCUUUCUUUAACAUGGAUGUUUUGGUCCAGGAAAUUGUAUUGUGCUUUUAUAUAUUUAGAUAUGUUCUUAGAAUCAGAUUUGCCCAGCAGAAAAUUCUUCUUUUUAUCCUCAAAUA